AUGCGGUUGCUGGGAGACGACGGUGAACAACGACAUCAACAGAGCCAGAGGCGGAGGACGGACGAGCGACUCGUCGAAACGGCAGCGGCACUCAUGCAGAUGGCCGAGAAAACGCUUGCUAUUGUGAAACCGGAGGCAAGCGAGCAAUUGAAGCAGAUCGAGACUGAAAUUCUGAAGCAAAACCUGACGAUUGCCGCGGACACGGCUUUCGGCCAAAGCAACCGAGAAUCUGUCGUCUCUGCUUGCAUUGACUUUGUGUCCGGCACCGAAGGGUUGCGCUGUUCGAAACCGAGAAAGGACAUCAUUUUGACGAAAGAGCAGUGUGCCGACUUUUGCAUGGAUUCAUCAGUUUGUCAAAGUUUCUGUUAUCCGACCGAAAAGCUUGCGGGAAAGACUUGCCACGCCAUGCUCCUUUCGGGACGUCACGCCAUCGGGAAGUGGAGAAGAGCUAUCGAAUACCUGCAGUCGCCCAUCACCGAUUCGGCAGACACAAGUCCAGUGCUACGCCUGAAUCUGCCGAAAAACAGUGUUCAUGCCAGCGAGAAUUUCAUUCGAGCGCAGCGUGAAAUCGAAUUCAUAUUUCCUGAAGUCGAACUAGAGCCAUGGUCAGAAGAAAUUAUGAAUUAUCUCUCAGCUGAAGUUAUACCGACGCUUUCGAAGUGUCUGAUGGAAAUGGUAGCAGCGGAUCCAGAGGAUCCCUUGAUGUGGUUGGCAAAGUGUCUGAAGGAAAAGGCUUUAGCCACAGAAUCCUGCUGA